AUGUCUUCGAAUUUCUGGACCUCUUCUCACUUUCGGCAGCUUAUGGACCCGGAAGACGUCGAUGUGGUUCAGCAACUGGACAAAGACAGAGGCAUCACGCUUGAAGAUUUCAAGCUCAUUAAGAUGCAGAUGGCCAAUUAUAUAGCAAAAUUGGCUCAGUCCGUUAAAGUAAGGCAAAGGGUUGUUGCCACUGCAAUUACUUACAUGAGACGGGUCUAUAUCAGAAAGAGUAUGUCAGAGUAUGAUCCACGGCUUGUUGCUCCAACCUGCUUGUAUUUGGCAUCGAAAGCGGAAGAGAGCACAGUGCAAGCCCGAGCGCUUGUGUUUUACAUAAAGAAAUUAUAUAGCAAUGAUGACAAGUUUAAGUUUGAAAUCAAAGACAUACUCGAGAUGGAAAUGAAGAUUUUGGAAGCUCUUAACUACUACUUAGUAGUCUUCCAUCCAUAUCGCUCAUUGUCUCAGUUCUUGCAAGAUGCUGGCGUCCAUGAUGUCAAUAUGAUUCAGUUGUCGUGGGGACUCGUGAAUGACACCUACAAGAUGGACCUGAUACUUAUGCACCCACCUCAUCUGAUUGCCUUGGCUUGCAUUUACAUCGCCAGCGUGUAUAGAGAAAAAGAUGUAACAGCCUGGUUUGAGGAGCUUCGAGCUGAUAUGAACGUGGUGAAAAACAUAUCAAUGGAGAUCUUAGAUUUCUAUGAAGAGCAACACAGAUUGGCUGGGGAGGAUAGAACUGGUGCAGCUUUCAGUAAGCUUAGCUCAAAGCCAUAG